AUGCUUCGACUCAUUAUUUUAGCCUCUUUUUAUACAUUUUCUUCGGCUAAUGUUGAGGUAAGUUCCAAAAUAUUUUGAAGAGGGUAUGAAAGUUAAGGAGACUAGCGAUAGAAUAUCUAGAAUCGCUAAUCAGUACGCACGGUGGGCACUUGGUGGCUCACAGGUCAGAAAUUAAAAAUAAAAUUUCUCAGCCAUCUUGAAGAUUUACAGCAGCAUCACACUCCAGCUUUUCCACAGAAUAAGUUUUAUCUUCAGCAUCCUCCCAGACACAUUCAGCCGAGAUUUUACAAUCCAGGUUAGACUGACUGUUUGGGAACUUACUUGUCGGUAAACACUCAAUAUGAAGCUGAUACUUUUCAGCCCCUGUGAAGCAAUAUAUCCACACUGUUCGAGUUCAACCUCCACCAGCUCCAACUCCUCCGACGAUUCUCUUGCGAAAUCCAAACUAUUCGCCAGAUAUUCGUCGAAAACCAACGGGUCCAUCUUUUCUGCCACCCUUCCAGCCGCAGUACUUUCAAACUCCGGCCAUGGUCCCGAAUCCGAAUUUUCCACGACUCAUCGAACUUCCCCCGUUAUUUCCUGCCAACGCCUCCAGUCUACCGCCUUACCUCACACAUCAGCAGAACUAUCCCACAAUCAUCAACAGCGGUCCGAUCAUACCCCCAGACGCACCAUUGGCUCUGACACUGCCGACUCCUCCGACGUUCCCUUCUCCGUUCAUGCCGAUGGUGACCCAAAGACAGCCUCCUCCUUUGGCCGCGCUCCAGAAGCCUCAGACCGUGGCCAAGGAAACUGAAGAGAAUGAAGAGGAGCAACCAGAGACUGAGAACGCUCUAAAAGAAGCCAGCAAGAAACAAAAGUUCGGAAUGCCGAGAUUCGGCCCAAUGAUGCCUAUGGCGCUUCCCAUGAGACCUUUUGCUCCAAUGACGCCACCAUUGCAAGUUCCUCCUCCUCCACAUCAUUUCCAGGUAUCUUUACUAUUGAAGAUAACCUUUUCAAUGGUUCUUUUUCAGCCUUUCUUCGUUUCACAACCGUCCUGUCCAGCUGGUUGGUGUGGCAACGACUGUUGUCCUUCCCCAUCCACUACGAUCCAAGCGACCGCGCUUCCAGGUAAGUUUUGAAAAAAAAAGUUUGUGGGAGUUUGAAUUUUCUAAGGCUCACCGACGCCACCUCAUCCGCUAGUGCUCGUUGUACAUCCGUCGCCACAAGCUCAGUGCUCUCCUUCCUGCCAACCUACCUGUAAUCCUCAAUGCCUUUUCAGGUAUUUUUCUGAUGUUUGUUGAAAGUUUUCUGGACAAUUUUGCAGGGAAAGCUUCAUCCAAGAGACCCAAUACUUCAACAUGAUACAAGAGCCGCAAUGCCGAGAGGACUGGUGAGUAAUUGAGACAAGACCCGACAAGGACUUUCUUUUAGAGAAAAAUUGUUUGAGUAUUCCUCAUAGUCGCUAACUGCAAAAACUUCUGAUUUGUCAAACUAAUGAAGUACUGCUGGCCUGUUACUGCGUUAAGCCCAAAAAAAGAAAAUUCCCAAUUCUCGAAAUGAAACUUUUCGCAAGUGAGACAAUGAGGAAUAUUAAUCUAUAAGGAGUAUUUGGUCUAGUUUACGGAAGAUUCCAAACUUUACUCCAAAAUAACUCAUAUGGUGAUAUGACUUGGUCCUCUAUCUGUAGCAUGCCGUCAUGCCACGUCGACUGCCUCAUCAUGCCCCCGGAACGCGUCCGCUGCUCCAGCUACCAUUGUCAGUGCUCGGCUGGAUACGUCGCCUGUGCCGCCUUCACCUGCUGCAUGCGUUACAAGGUAUUCUUUCUAUUAUACAGAUAUUUUCAAAAAUGAAACUUUUCCGGCUAUUCUAACUUAUAAAGUUUAUUGUAAGAAAUUCAGAAAAUAACCUUUUCUCGGUAAAUCUGAAGUAUCUUUAUUAAUUAUUGUCACUGUCGCUCGCGAAAAGAAAAGAAAAUUUUUCCAUUGUUCCAUUUUUUUUUCCGAAUUUUUUGAAAACAGAGCUUCCAGAACAUGGCAGCUCGAAUGCGAUCCGCCGCUAGAGAAGACAACUCCGAAAGUUAUGCUCCUCUGAACGGGACGACCGACGGAGCCUCAAGUCCGUUCCCGCCUUACCGUCACCACAGUCCAACCGUCGCCUCGGUGACCACGGAUCCGGAUGGCGUCAUGUCUCCACCGACGGUUCCGCCAACGACUUCUACUUCUACCUCGACCACAACCACUACUCCUUCGCCGACCACCACAGAAGCGACUUCGACUUCUACCUCAACUACCGUCGCUCCGAGCACGUCGCCGGUCUCAAUAACCCUCGACAUUGUGACAGUGUCGCCGAUCUAUCCGGAAGUGACGUCUCCGAUUCCGAUGAUCCCAGCCUACGGAAUCUGGGAACUGAGGCCUGACGCCUCCAAGACGAAUGAACAGAAAAAUGUUGGUUUCCAAUAUUUGAAUAGGGUGACCCAGGAAAAUAGGCUUUUUAGAUAAUUUUGUGAGCAGCUCUUCGUUUGAACAGGGGCUUAUAAACAGUUUUCUUCGAGGGACUUUAUUUAUAACUUAUUAUCAAAUAUUGAGGCGCAGUUCCUGGAGCAACCCAAAGAAGACAGACACGUCAUCCGUUCUGAAAACUUCCUCGACGUCCUCACCGAGUUGGCCCAGGUUUGAUUUAUAUUCUAUUUCUGUAUUUGAAAUCUUUCUGUUUGAGGUGAAAAUGAAAGAAGAUCUAUCGGAAGACUUGAAACACGCCAAAACGUACCUGGACUUGUUGACCGAAAACAUUUGA